ACAUGGUUUUUGUAACAUCUGAUCAAUUGGUGGAGGAGUUAGACAUUUUCGGUCUGGAAGCUUCGGAUGAAAUAUUAAGUGAAUUGCGACGAGUUUGUGAUAGUUUUUCUUGCAACGCAGAGGCCGUAGUAACUAAAUGGGUCGCCUUUUCUCACUCAUCGGGGAAUAUCCCACUGACAAUGGGACGCCUCUCAGAUUUCCAAUUGCAUCUAGCCAAUAGCAAAGCAAAACCAAAAACAGCUUCCAAAGACAAAACCUUUUUUGGAACCAGUCAGCAAUUAGCUCGCAGUAUUCUUGCAGACUCACAGCCUGAUUCAAAUGUAUUGGACCUAUAUAGCGACAGUCCAAAAACUAUAUCACAGUCGGCUGUUAAACCUCCAAGAACUCCUGUUACCAAGACAUACAAUACAGCUAGGACGCCGAAAGUGACAGCCGUUGAUAUCUCGUCGCCGAAGCCCUCGCCGAUUCUGGUUGAGAAAGUCUCGAGCACUACCUCGCAAAAAUACGACGCCAGACAAGAUUCGGGGUCCACUGUGAAAGAUUUUGGUAAGCUUGAUUUAAAAGCGGGCCGUGAAAGCGAUGAGUUUGAUGAAAAUGCGAAACGUCCAAAGUUUUGCGAAAGGAUUGAAUUAGAUAUAACCGCUAUUAAGUAUCCGAGAACAAUGUCGACGGAUCCAUCCACGCAACAAAGUGCUCUGUAUAACGAACUUACCAACCUUGGAGAUGCCAUGCAAGAUUUGCACGGAUUCGAUGUUUCGCAAUUAUCCUUCACGUCUACUGAUGAUGUGGUUGGCUUAGGAAGAAUAGUUUGCGACGGCGACGGAAAAAUGAACCCGAAGUCUAUUCUUUUACAAACUCCAACUGGCGACUAUUUGACACUAGAAGUUGAUAACUGUCCUAAUUAUGCCCUGUUUCCGGGUCAGAUAGUAGCGGUUAGAGGAACAAAUCCAGGCGGUGGUCGAGUUUACGUCAAAGAGAUUUUUCACGGUGCCAAUGCGGCUCCCGUGGUGAUAGAACCGCCUGAAGAUUCGGGAGCCAUGUCGAUGUUGAUGGCGUCCGGGCCCUUCAUACCUAAUGAUGGAGUGUCCUUACAACCCUUUCAAGAUUUAAUCAAAACAGUUAGAACCUUGAGACCGAAUGUGCUAGUUUUAAGCGGUCCUUUUCUCGACACGAGAAAUGAAAAAUUGAUUCAAAUGGAAGAACCUCUAAGUCAGUUAUUCGAAGGAAUGAUGUUAACUUUGAGCAAUCUUGCAAAUGAUCUAUCAAUGGAAACUGUAAUUCUGCCAUCACCGCGUGAAAUAACACACAUCGGCGCUUACCCGAUAAGACCUUUUUCGAUAACAAAAUUUGAUGUGAGUAAGAAGCUUCAUUUUAUGACAGAUCCGUGCAUGUUUUCUGUAAAUGGUUUAGUAUUUGGAGUCUCGGCUACCGAUUGCGUGUUUCAUGUUAGCUUUCAAGAAUGUUCUAAACAAACAGGGCAAAAAGAUACGAUGGACAGAAUAUCGAGGCUAGUUUCUCACUUUUUACGUCAACAAUCAUUCUAUCCUCUCUACCCGGCUCAUAACGAUGUAUCCUUAGACGUUGAUUUGUUACCUCUUGCUCAAAUGAGUGUUCAGCCCCAUGUUUUGAUUAUACCUUCGGAACUUUCGCCUUAUGUUAAAAUGGUGGAUGGCUGCUUGGCUGUUAACCCGGGUUCAGUGACUAAAGGUCAAAGCGCAGGCACUUACGGGUUUCUUCAAAUUGACUUGGAGAAAGUGAGAAAUCAGUCUGUGGUUUCAGAACAGGCAGUAUCUUGCAAAGUGAUCAAAAUGUGAACUAAUUGCCAAUUAAUUAUUUUUUGUUUGAACUGACACUAUGAGUGAGACGUGUUUUUGUGACUUGUUUGCUUGACUGUUGUUUUCAAUA